CUGCGACCCACCGAGUAUCUACAACAAGGCUGCAAAAAUAACCCUCCUCCGGCUGUGUGUGGAAGGAGAGGGAGACGCCGUUAAGGUUAUGGGCGGAAAAUACUCCAGUGGACGAUCCUGUGGAAAAUAACAGCCUCUACUGGUCUUUUUGUUGGUGCGUGACAUCAGUCUGUGUGUAUGUGAGCCAUGGGCGGUCCACUGAGGGUGGGCUACUUUAGGAGUAGAACCUCGCUCCGCCCGAAGCAGAAAACUGGACAACAGUGAUCAGCAGGAGCUACAGAGGAGAAGCUGUCAGCAGGCAGAGGACGAGGAGCUGUUUCUGCUGCCAGAAAGGACACAAAAACAAGCAGAACAUCUGAACAAUUUCUGCGAAUAGACCAGUCUUUCAGUCGUCCAUCUUCUGCCACCCAACAUGUUUUAGAGAUUGAGGGUGUCUGAAUAUCUUCGUAGGCCUCCAAAAAGAAGCCUCUCGCCGUUCCCCGUCUGCUAACCAUGGACCGCUCGGCGCAGGAGUUGUUCCUCAACUUCAUGAUCGUCUUAAUCACCGUGCUGCUGAUGUGGAUACUGGUGAAAACUUACCAGGACUGAAGCAUGGAGCCGCGAGGGGCCAGAAAAGCCGGAGGCAGAGAGAAUAAAGGGACAGAUGGGGAGAGUCCAGCGUUUAAGACUGUUGGUGCCGGCUAGAUUUUUGCCUGAAUACAGUGUUUACAUUUUUUCUGCGUUUUAGAUUAUGAACGCGCACGGAGGCUGAUUCAGAUCUGCAGUCUUCCUUUAGGGUCAAAUUCUCUGGUUAUGCGUUUGCUGUCUGAGAUGCACGUAGUUUCUAAAGGCUAUUCAAAAAAAAGUGGGGAAGCAUGAAAGAGAUGGGGGUGGGAAUAAAAUGAAAAACAGUGAACAAGCAGCACAUUUUCUUAGGCACAUUAAACUAUCAUUAAUCUGUUGUUCAAUUGACUUCAUGUACGCUCACUUCUUGUCCUUAAAAACUCGUCCACUUGUUAGUUUUUGUUGCAUUGCACCAGCUAGUUACGCAUUCACUAAAUAUGUGUUUUUUUUUCUGCUUCGGACAUUAUCGGAAGACAAAAAAAUAGAAUAACAUGUCUUCUUUAACAGGAACAGAUGCUGUUGCUCGUUUUUUAUUUCCCAAAAGCACAGAAACCAGGGCGUGCAGAGUCACAUGGCAGUGUAGCAGCCAAAUAAAAGCGUGCUGUUUAUUGUGA